AUGCUGAAUUACGCGAUCAUUGGCUCUGGUUUAAUUGGUCGUUGUUGGGCGGUGAUGUUUGCUCGAGCUCAAAACAAUGUUUUCCUCUAUGAUAGUUCACCAUCAGCGUUAACCGAUGCUCUCUGCAAUAUUGAACAACAACUUGAGCAACUAGCAAAAUAUAAUCUCUUAUACAAUCAACAGCCACAAGAUAUUCUAAAACGAAUAACGACUGUCACAAAAAUAGUUGAUUUAUUCUCAUUGAACGAGAUCCAUCAUGUCCAAGAAUGUAUCCCAGAAGAUUUAGACUUGAAAAUACAACUAUUUACAGAAUUAGAUCGCCUAGUGAAAGAUACGGCGAUUUUAGCCAGUUCAACAUCGUGUUUGAUGCCAUCAGCAUUUACAAAAAAUUUACAAACAAGACACAGAUGUAUUGUAGCUCAUCCGCUCAAUCCUCCCACCGGUAUUCCUGUAGUAGAAAUAGUUGGCUCUGAAUGGACCGAUAAAAAAUAUGUUGAUUUAGCUGUUGAACGUUAUAAAUCAUUAGGCAUGCAUCCAAUUCGAUUGAAAAAAGAGGUGGAUGGCUUUGUCAUGAAUAGAAUGCAAUAUGCUGUAUUAGCAUCAGCAUUAUCCUUGGUUGAAGAUGGUAUUAUUGAACCCGAAGAUGUUGAUCUGGCUAUGACAAGUGGACUGGCAUGUAGAUGGUCUUUUAUGGGACCAUUUCAAACAAUUGAUUUAAAUGCUCCAUGUGGUGUUAAGGAUUAUUUUGCCCGUUAUGGAUCUACGAUGAAACGUGUCUUAGCCGAUAUGUCUUAUCCACAUGAUUGGUCUCAAUCAACUGUGGAUAAAAUUGAUGCCCAUUUUCGACAAAAGUAUCCGAUAACAAACGAUAGUUUACAAGAGCGUAAAUUGUGGCGUGAUGAUCGAUUAUUGGAAAUAACAAAACAUAAAUCAUCAUAUUCAGAUCGCAGUUAUCGAAUUGUUCGUCAUUCAUUAGAAUCAGUUGAAUCCUAUGAUUCCAUUCUUAAAGCAAUUGAAAAUGAAUUAAAACAAGUUUAUAGACAAGUGCAAGUGAAUCUAAUUGAGCCUGAACAAGCAAAACAUUUGGAUUUCACGCAAGAGCCAUGGAAUUUAGCCUCGAAAGGCAUUGGAACAAAUGCCGUUAUGUGUCAAUUAGGUGGUCCGAAAAACGUUGAAAAGGUGAAUGGUCACUCAGUAAUAUUCGAUUUGGAAAGUGUAUUAUCACAAAUUGGUCAUAAGGAAGAACAAUCAUUUAUCUUCGGUCCUGGUGCUGCUUACUCACAAAUAUUCGACUGCAAUGCUGAACUGGCAUUAAAUACUGUUGUCAAUUCCUAUAAUAAAAUCAAGAAUAAUCAUUCCUACGCGUCAAUAAUUCAAAAACAAACGCAGCAACAACAACAAUUACCAUACUGUUCAGAGAAAAUUGGUCCCUAUUUACAUAUGAUGGUUACAAAUGGUGCUCAGAGUGUGCCGUUAAUUGAAAUUAAAGUUAGUCAGCGUUAUAGAGUGGAGAAUGGAGAUAGUGAAAAUAAUUUUAUAUCAACAAUACGUCGUGGUUUAAAAGAGUUACCGAGUGCAUGCGUUUUGGGUGGUGUAUUUCGUUUGGAAGAAGGCACGAUUAAGGCUCAUGUUAUGCCUGAUUUUAAACACGAAGACUUAUUAACACGAGAACAAGUGAAUUCAUGGCUAAAAUUCUAUGAAAUGAAAGCACCUUUAAUAUGUUUAUCAGUUGUUAUGUCUGAAAAUAUGUCCAAGGUUGGAUUUCAUGGCGAACAUACCCAUUUUUUUAGCAAACAUGGACAUUGUGGACAUUAUCAUUACGAUAUUACACCAGAUUCCGUUAGUUAUCACGGUUAUUUUGUUCCGUGCAUCGAAGCAAUUCAGAUAGAUCCCGUUUAA